UUAAAGUAUUUUUCAUGUGUUCAAUAAUGUUGAACUUUUUCAAUGAUCAGAUGCCGCCCCGUAGGGAACCCGAUCGCCCGAUUAUUCCCCAGGCCACCAUAGUCGCACAGUUCCGCGACUAUCAUCCUGAGAAAUUCUCCGGUCAGGGAGAUCCCCGUAUUGUGGACGAGUGGAUUCAGGGCCUUGAAUUGAUUUUCGAG